CAACACAGUACACCUAGAGUCCAGAUAGCAUCUGGCCUCGAAUUAUGCCAAGGGGGGAGGAAAGAGACAACCAGUGCAGACUAGUUGCAUGCGCCUAUUACCGAGACCUAUUACCGAGAAUUGCGGUAGUAUUAUUUUCAUCAUUGUUCUACUUCCCCGACACCCGGACAGAUAUCAUGCGGCCAUUUUUUAAGAGACCGUCCUGGGCAACUAGAGGAGAUGAAGAACUGCCCUCUGAUUUCUAUCGCCGCUCAGAACAAAUAUACACAGACAUUGUGGCAGCGAAUAGGGGUGCAUCAUUGCUUUCAAUUGAUGCAUCUUCAUCAGAGCACAGCAAAGAAGUUAAACGUCGUUGUAUUUCCCCUAAUAGCCAAGAAUCGUCAUAUCUGAAGCCAACUCGUGGCGUCCGAAAUUUGCUAUUAGAAGGCGAUGAAAUGAAAGUUCAUGAUGUUUCUGUGCUCAGUGAUUCUCGAUGCAAUGAAUCAGCUGAUCUUAAAGGAUACAAAUCCCACUUGCCGGAAGCAUUGCUCAGAGUCCAUGGGGAAGUGAGCGAGCCCCGCAAAGACACCCCAAACCUGAAUCAACCUGCUGGAUUCCGCACUAGCCCACCACAGCCCGUACAAGAAGAUACUGCCGUCCAAAUACUUAUAACAUCCGAGAUUGAGAAUACAAAGCCGUUAAUCAUUCGUCGAAAAAUAUCUCAAUGCUUGAAGGAUGUUCGCCUGGCUUGGUGUAAAAGGCAAAACGUGCCAGAGGAAAUGCAGUCGUCUGUGGUCUUGACCUGGAAGGGAAGAAGGCUGUUCGAUGUUACAACCUGCAAAAGCUUGGGAAUCCAUAUGGAACACAACCGCCAUACUACACCAGGAAUAGACAACAAUGAUGAUAGCAGUCUACGAGUGCACAUGGAAGCUGUCCUGGAGGGCAAUAUAUUUCAGUCUAGUAAUCGACGAAAACCACCUGACCCCAGGGAUGAAAUAGCUUCCCAAUCCGGCGGCGUCGAGCCUGGCCAACUGGGUACACAAAUAAGGGUUAUAUUGAAAUCCCCCGGACUGGAUGAACUUAAGAUCAAAGCUAGACCAAGGACACAAAUAUCACGGCUUACAGAAGCAUUUCGAGAUGCACAUCACAUUUCGGCGGAACAUGAUGUUUAUAUUCUAUUCGACGGUGACCGCUUGCAGCCUAACACGUGCCUUGAGGACCAUGACAUUGCAGAUCUAGAUCUGCUUGAUGUUCAAAUUAAACAGAGCAUAUAG